AUGGAGGAAGCGGGCGGCCGGAAGCGUGCGCUGCGGCGCUCGACUCAGGCAGUUCAGAGGGGUAGGUACCAGGAGCCGUAUGCGCUCGGGGUUCAAAGGCCGGCCUGGGUUCACCCAGACCCGGUCUUUGACCCCGGCGCGGCUCGUUGGGCGUCCUUCCCAACCAUCCCCCUGGACCAGCGCGGUCCGGGGGAUGAGUAUGUGGAGGCGAGAGACCGGGGCGAGCUGGACGCCUGGCUGCGAGAGCAGAACCCCUCCCCUGAGCACUUCAGUGACAACGAGGAGGAGGAGGAGGAUGAGCGGCCAGAGGGCGUGCGUGAGGCCAAGGGCGAGGACGAGGGCGAGGGGCUCUCGACAACCAUGGACUGGGGCAGCCCAGAGCCUGGGGAGGUUGAGCCCAUUGCCUGGGCUCACCUCGGCCACGGCGCCCAAUGGGUCUUGCUGGAGGUCCUUUGUGACUCCAAGACCUUUGCUUCGGCAACCCGGGCUCUGGGCUUAACCACUCCAGAUGUCAUUGACUUUGUUGUGGCCUACAUCCAGUACCACCGUCUGAUCCAGGGUUGGGCAGAGACCUGCGACAAGAUGGGCGUCUCUGAGCUCCUCGACCUGAUCCAUGGCCAAGGGCCAUCGAGAGACGGCGUGAAUUUUCUGCACCAGCCGGAUCUUCCCACUCACACCAUCAAGCCCGACGAGUACGAGAGAGCCUGCCAGUACUUGUGCCAAACAGGAUUAGGCGAGCACAUUCGAGGACUUGAGAAGUGCUGCGGGAUCUCAGAGGGCUUCCUCCAGAUUCCAAUUGAGCGGGAGAUUCUGGCCUCCUGCAUUGCCAUCCUUGAGAAAGGCAAGAAUGGUCCAGAUGUGCACGACAUCGACAAUCCUGGUCAUAACGGAUCGCAAACUUGGCACGAUCAGUACGACGAGAAGUAUCAUGAGUUGGUGAACAGGGUAUUGCAGAUUCAAGCAUACCUCCCUCCUUUGGAUCUGACGAAGGGCAGCCAGGCGAGCACAUCGUCUGCGACCAAUCCCACAGAGCAGCAUGGCACUCCUACUCCAGAGUCAGUGAGUGAGCCUCACAGUGCCGGUCAAGUAUACGCUCAGAACAACCCAAUGUUUGGCGAGAACAACCAGUAUGCAUGGGUUUUUGAUAACUUGGACAUGGACGAGCUUUACAAUCCCACCGAAGUCCACAAGUGUCGCAACCGCCCCGCUGUCUCCUAUGAGAGCUUUCAGUCUGCUGCCGAUGGCAACCUUGAAGUCACUCAGGCGCAGGAGUAUGAUCAAUAUGAGGAGUACCCGUUUCCCGAUGAUCAAGUACUCAACGAAGCAUCCCACGAGGCUCAAGACAACAAUCUGCCGGCCGCCCCCUUGUUCCCCUUCGAAGGACUCCUGCCCGAGGCAGAGGAUCUCAUGCCCUGCCCCUUCUUCGCAGAGCCAGAGCUGCCCGUGGACCAUACUCGCAUCUCUACGAACCCGUCUCUCCCCGUAUUGCAGGCUCAUGAUGAGGACCAGUUGACUCCACAGAGCGCAAGCUCGGCGGUGCCUCAGCCCUUCAUUUCUGAUAUUGAUGAGGUGGACCCCAACAGGAAGCCUUCCGACUCACCUGCCUACGAAUAUUUCCAGUCAGCUGACUACAAGAAACAUCUCUACAGCAACCACCCCGAUUGGUUCGUCGACGAGAUGUUACUUCCAGUUGUUCGACCGGAGGUGCCCGCUAUCCAGGCGACCGCUCACCAGAGUGUUGCUCCGGAGGCCAGCCAGCAGGAGAACAAUACUGAGGAGGACUCGAACGUCAACUUGAAUGCCAACUCGAACGCGAACUCCAACGCGAACUCCAACGCGAAUUCGAAAGCCGCCGCGAACGCCAACCCGAGCGCCAACCCGAACUCCAACUUGAACAUGGAGCCUUCGCAUCCGACGCCGAGCACCGAUACGUCUGGAGCUCCUGGAGUGUCUGAAGUCUCUGAAGCACCUGCGGUCUCUCAUGCCCCCAAGCUCUUCGAAGCCCCCGAAUUUUCUGCAGUCGCCAAUAUUCCCCAGAGCUCUACAAUCUCUGAGGCUUCGAAGGUAUCUAGAGUCCCUGGAAGCUCUGAGGUGUCCGCGGUAUCUACAGAGAAAGAGCCUCGCUUCGCAUUGAAGGCUUCCAUGCCUCCAGUCCAGGAAGAAAUCACUUUCCACAACACCCCUGCGGUUGUCGCCAGAGACUCGCGCCCACGCACUGUCAUUGACUUGACUGAUGAAUCUGCGAGACCUAUGGCUGCUACUCCAGCGAGACCCGCGGUCGCUCCUCCCACGAGAAACACCAACACAGCCCGAACUCCGGCUAUGCGCAUGGAUAGUCCCGAAGCUCCAUCCACCAAGAGCUCUACCAAGCCAUCCCGCAAACGUGCGGCUGAUGACAGCGAUGGUGACUAUGUUCCCAAGCCCAAGAGAGCCCGCCCUGCGAAGAAGGCUGCGGCCGUUCUGCCCCAACCGCAGGUGAUGGGUCCUGACGGAGUACUUAUACCCGUCAAGCGUGGCCGAGGACGUCCCCGCAAGUAUCCCAGACCUGAAAACAUCGCUGCCGUGCAGGCUGCUGCGAAUCAGGCUGCUGCGAAUCAAGCUGCUGCAAACCAAGCUGCCACGGACCAGACUGCCACGAACCAAGCUACCGCGAGCCAAGCUACCGUGAAGCGAGCUACAAACCAGUCGACGACUAUGCAGACCCCCGCGAACAGUUCUCCCGUUCUGAACGCUGCUACACCUCCGGCGAACAACCCAGUUCCCAGCACCGAGCCAAUGCUCCCGCAGGCGGCCAAAGGUGCCGUGCCGAGUCGGAGACAUCGAAACAAACCGAAGACGAACCAGUCUACCGAGAGCAGCCGUCAAGCUAGCGUUGAUCAGCCUCACGUGCAGAGAAUUGCCCAGUACCAGGACAGAAUGACCCCAGUCUCUAGAUACAGCAAUGAGCCUUCGAACUCAUAUACCGACUUCAGAGCUGACGUUCGUCCAACGACGAGCUACGAGCGUAUGCCCGCGUCUUUCAUUACUGAGAUGAGACCGUCUGGUACUAACUUGCGUCAAUCCUCGCUUCCUGGAGCCUAUGAGCCUUUGAGUUCAUACGCUACUUUUCCGGCGCCCGAACCUAGAGCUGGUGUCCGUCAACCGACAAGCUUUGAGCGCACACCUCAUCCUGAUUCUUUUGGCACGCGUCCAUCUGCUGCUGAGCCGCGUCAAUCGUCGACUCCUAGAGCCUAUCAACCUUCGAACUCAUACACUGCUAUGGAAACUGCACCCACAGAGUAUAGUCGUCGUCAGGAUGAAAUUCAAGAGCGUAUGCCCACGGCUUCUGCUUCACGCAUGCAGUCGUCAGCUAGUGAGCUGCGUCAAUCCUCGGUCCCUAGUCCCUAUUCGAAUCCGAACCCAUUCUCUGCUCUAGUGACCGAUUUCACAACUCACGGUCGUCAGCCGGGAAGCCAAGAGCGUAUGCCCGCGUCGUCAACUUCUACAGUGCAGCCGUCUGCUACUGUCGAGCGUCAGUCAUCGCUUCCUGGAGCUUGUUCUCGCCCUCCGGCACUUACACCCCAACCCGACAUCGAGAUCCUAGAGCCCUCCAUGCCAGCCAUAGCGCCAGCUCUGAAACGCUCGUCUUUCCAGCAAUCAUCGCAUACUACUGCCUCAAACAACUCUUCGAGCAAAGUCGAUCUCAAGGCCCCAGGACGUCCUCGCCAGGACAAGCUUGGUAGGUUGUUCCCUCCUCAGUAUGAGACAUACGAGGAGUUUUGGGUAUCGGUGCCCGAUGGCGCGGACUAUGCCUUGAAAAUGGUCGAGAAGGGGUGGCCUUCUGAUGUUGCCAUGCAGCUUGCCCGAGAGCGCAUUGCUAUGAACAUGGCUUCGUGGCCCAACAGCAUCUACUCGCUUCAUUACAAGCCGAAGGCUGCGCCAACCCCAUUCCCGGGCGUUACCGCUAGCAUUCGCAGAGAGAUUGAAGCUGAGAAGGCCGCCGCCGCUCAGAAGCGCAAAGAAAACGAACAGGCAGACAAGUGA